UUUCUUCAAACCACCAAAAGUACGAACUCGAUAACCGCGGUUAAUAUACUGUAGUAUCAUCAUGGCGGAAGCUGGGGGAGCCGUCGCUUCACCACCAGUAACUAUUGUUCCGUGGCCUAAUAAAGGAGAUGAGUACGAGCUAGGGAAUAUUAUAGGAUAUGGUGCGACUGCCUGUGUCCAAGAGGCCUACUGCAAGGCUCGACAAGAAAAAGUUGCGAUUAAAAGAAUCAACCUGGAAAAAUGUAUGACUUCUAUGGAUGAACUCUGGAAAGAAAUUCAAUUUAUGGGACAUUGUAAACAUGAGAAUGUUGUUACCUACUACACUUCAUUUGUUUUUAAAGAAGAACUUUGGCUCAUUAUGAAAUUGUUGUCUGCUGGGUCUGUGCUAGAUAUCAUAAAACACAUAGUAAAACAGGGUAAGAACAAAGGAGGAGUCUUAGAUGAAAUCGUCAUAGCAACCAUAUUAAAAGAAGUUUUAAAAGGACUGGAGUACCUUCAUGAAAGUGGUCAGAUUCAUAGGGAUGUAAAGGCUGGCAAUAUCUUGCUAGGAGAGGAUGGAUCUGUAAAGUUAGCUGACUUUGGGGUCAGCAGUUGGUUGGCGACAGGUGGUGACAUGUCUAGGGACAAAUAUCGAACAACAUUUGUUGGGACCCCUUGCUGGAUGGCCCCAGAGGUGAUGGAACAGAUUUCUGGUUAUGAUUUUAAGGCAGAUAUUUGGAGCUUUGGUAUAACAGCAAUUGAACUGGCUACUGGUACAGCACCCUAUUCAAAGUUUCCACCAAUGAAGGUGCUUAUGCUGACUUUGCAAAAUGAGCCACCAACAUUAGAGACUGGUACUGAUAAUAAAGAUGAACAUAAGAAAUAUAGUAAAGAAUUUAAGAAAAUGAUCAGUAAAUGCCUGCAGAAGGUACCUAAUUUAAGGCCUACUGCUGCAGAGUUGCUUAAGAUGCCAUUUUUCAAGAAAGCUAAGGGUAAACAAUUUUUACAAGAAAACCUAUUAAAUCUGGGACCCACUUUAAAGGAUAGGAGCCAAAAGGUGAAACGUGUUCCGGGAUCAAGUGGGCGUCUGCAUCGGACUGAGGAUGGAACUUGGGAAUGGUCAGAUGAAGAGUUGGAUAGUGAUAGUGAGGAAGGACGAGCAGCCAGUAUAGGUCGUUCACCCCGUGUUAAAAUUGACCAUGCUGAGAUAAAGAGGCAAUUAGAGGCCUCUAGGAAUGAAACGAAAGAGGGCGACUCUGAAUCUAGUAAAGAUAAAGUGCCCGAGGAAGCCAAACCACCUGUCGAUGCUCAACCUGUUGUCAAAGAAACAGUUCAAGCACCAGCAACGACGAGUGAAGGAUUGAAAACAAUAUCACUUGUUCUCAGGUUAAGGAAUGAUAAACAGGAGUUGCAUGACAUUCGAUUUGAGUUCACACCUGAGAAAGACACACCUGAAGGUCUUUCACAAGAACUGGUCAAUGCUGAUCUUAUUGAUGGUCAAGACUUCAUUGUUGUUGCAGCUAAUCUGAGGAAGGUCGUAGAACAACCAGAUGUCAAAUCCUUUGUUUUUAGACUUAAAUCUGCACCAAAUGAAGCCCCAGACGAUAAAACUUUAAUUGGUUUUGCUCAGUUGAGUAUUUCUUAACCACAUACUACUAGAAAAAACCAAACAGCAGUAAAUGUUAUAAGAAAGAAAAUCCACCAACUCAUCAUCCAAUCUGUCUUUCAUAAUACUGUAUAAGAACAGUCCAAUUAUACAAUCUAUAAUUUUAUUACUUGUAUUAUCAAUUGCAUAAUGAUUGAAUGGCAGCCUUCUACAUAAAAUACUGUAUAUACAUAGAUCUUGAAAGCUUGUAAUUGUCAAAGAUAUUUGACUGAUUAAGCUGUGCACUCCCUGCGGGCGACGGUCGUCGACCAAUGGCAUUGUAUGGAGAACGCAGAGACACAGCAUACGCGCAAUUAAUCGUUUUUAAUGAAGAUCUGUUCAGACUGCAACCGACAAUCAACAGACGGCGUCGUGUCGUCUAAGCACUCACUGGAAGCUAAGUUGGAUUCGGUGUACUACGCACAAUAAGUGCCCGGCUUUAGUGUAAGCUGGUUUCUAGGCACUACAGAUUAUAAGUAGGUUGUGAUGUUUCAAA